AUGAAUAUUGUUAAGCUACAAAGGAAAUUCCCUGUGUUGACCCAGGAGGAUUUAUUCAGCACCAUUGAAAAAUUUAGGGCCAUCGACAUCGAGGACAAAGGAUAUGUUGCAAAACAAGAAGCUUUAGAAGCUGUCAGUGCCUCAGGGGAAGCUUCAUAUGAUGAAGCUAGAGAAACUUUGAAGCAUGUUGAUGUUGAUGCUUCUGGACAUGUUGAAUUGGAUGAUUAUGUGGCGUUGGUUGCCAGAUUAAAAGAAAAUAAAGCUGGUGCCGUACCUCAGACUAGUUUUUCCGUAGAUACUACUACAGUUCAAAUGCCUACAUCACCAGGGAAACCAGCAUUACAAUAUAAAGGUACUGGUGCACAAGCCAAAAUUAUUGUUGGUGGUUCUCAAAGUGGUACUACCCACACUAUCAAUGAAGAAGAAAGAACCGAAUUUACUAAACAUAUUAACGGUGUAUUAGCUGGAGAUGCUGAAGUUGGACAUUUGUUACCUUUCCCAACUGAUACUUUCCAAUUAUUUGACGAAUGUAGAGAUGGUUGGGUUCUAUCUAAAUUGAUUAACGAUUCUGUUCCAGAUACUAUUGAUACUAGAGUAUUAAACAGACCAAAAAAUGGGAAACCGUUAAAUAAUUUCCAAGCUAGUGAAAAUGCUAACAUUGUUAUCAAUUCUGCCAAGGCUAUUGGUUGUAUUGUAGUUAAUGUUCAUUCCGAAGAUAUUAUUGAAGGUAGAGAACAUUUAAUUCUUGGUUUGAUAUGGCAAGUUAUUAGAAGGGGUCUAUUAUCUAAGAUUGACAUUAAAUUACAUCCCGAAUUGUACCGUUUAUUAGAAGAAGAUGAAACUUUGGAACAAUUCUUAAGAUUACCACCUGAGCAAAUCUUGCUACGUUGGUUCAAUUACCAUUUAAAGAAGGCUAACUGGCACAGACAAGUUACUAAUUUCUCUCAAGAUGUUAAGGAUGGUGAAAACUAUAUUGUCUUAUUGAAUCAAUUGGCUCCAGAUCUAUGUUCUGUAGCUCCAUUACAAACUUCUGAUUUGAUGCAAAGAGCUGAACAAGUCUUGGAAAAUGCCGAUAAAUUGGAGUGUAGAAAAUAUUUGACACCGGGAGCUUUGGUAAAAGGUAACCCUAAAUUGAAUUUGGCUUUUGUUGCUAAUUUAUUUAAUAAUCAUCCAGGUUUGGAGCCAUUUGAAGAGGCAGAAAAACCUGAAAUAGAAGAAUUUGAUGCAGAAGGUGAAAGAGAAGCAAGGGUCUUCACAUUAUGGUUGAAUUCCUUGGAUGUCGAUCCACCAAUCGUCUCUUUGUUUGAUGAUUUAAAGGAUGGUUUAGUAUUGUUACAGGCCUACGAAAAGGUUAUGCCAGGUUCAGUGGACACUAAGCAUAUCAAUUAUAAGAAGGAUCCAGCAACCGAGCUAUCUCGCUUCAAGGCCCUUGAAAAUACUAACUAUGCUGUAGAUUUAGGUAAACGCAACGGAUUUUCACUUGUUGGUAUUGAAGGGUCCGAUAUCUUAGAUGGUAACAAAUUACUAACUUUAGGACUUGUGUGGCAAUUGAUGCGUAGAAACAUUAAUAAUACUAUGAAUAAAUUAUCCUCUAGCGGUAGAGAUAUGAGUGAUGCACAAAUAUUGAAGUGGGCUCAAGAUCAAGUAACUAAAGGUGGAAAGACAUCUACCGUUCGUUCAUUCAACGAUUCAUCCCUAUCCAAUGCACAUUUCCUAUUGGACGUCUUGCAUGGUAUUGCACCAGGUUAUGUCGAUUAUGAUUUGGUUACCCCAGGUAACACUCCAGAAGAUAGUUAUGCUAACGCAAGAUUAGCUAUUUCUAUUGCUAGAAAGUUGGGUGCUUUGAUCUGGUUAGUUCCUGAAGAUAUUAACGAAGUUCGUUCGAGAUUAAUCUUGACUUUCGUUGCUUCCUUGAUGUCUUUAAAUAAAUAA